AUGCCUCUCCCUCUCUCUUAUCCCAGCCUUCGAUGCGUUUUAGAGCAUUUGGAAGCAGUUAAGCGAGCACAUAUCAUUGCCCGUGCACCAGGUCUUCAGAAAAUUGAUAAAUUGAUUCCACUUUGUCUGAAGAAUCUCUGUAUUGACAGUGAUGAAAUGACUAUCAACAAAUUGUUGAUUGAAUAUGAUAAGGAUGAGUUAGCAGAAACUCUAAUUUUGCAUGUCUUUACUCAUCGAAUAGUCACUGUUGAAGACCUCAAGAAACUUAACAACAAGACUGUAGCAUUUGAAUGCGUUAACUACUCCAGAAUUGAUUUAGUUCCAUUGAUUAAGUAUCACGUUGAAACUAAAAAAGAUAGUGGAAAAACUCUUGUGAUUGCAACAUAUGACAAAGAUUUCAUCAGUGAGAAGUUACGCGAGUUUGAAAAAGCGUUUGGUGAAUACAGAAGUGAUUUGGAUGGCGUUAAUGAGAGAUUUCUCCCAGGAUCGUCUAAGUUCUGCAUCCCAAUCAACAACGAGUGUAGAAUCCAUGUGUACGCAAUCGAGGAUCCGGAAGAAGAUGGUCGCUAUAAACUAAUUGUGAAACCAGUGUCUGAAAUCUCGUCAUUAUAA